AAUCAUUAACAGGACUAUUUUCCUAUAGUUAGCUAGCUAUCCAUCUGUCAACUUCUAGUUUUCCCUUCCUUCAUUUUUUUCUGUCUAAACGCCACACUGGCGAUGUCGGAGUCAUACGGUAAGGAGGCUGUUUUGACACGUCCCCGAUGCUAACAUCUUCAUGUAGCCACAGAGACGGGAUGGGGCAGGUGUGUCGAGAGAGCUUUUUCUCAUCGUAAAUAGAUAGCUGGCAGGCUAGCCGAGCCGUUGCUGAAGGCUGCUGGCCUUAGAAAUACCAUGUCAGCGUAAGGAAUAUCACAGAGGUAAUACAGUAGAGUUUACAGUGGCUGUGAAGACAAAAUGCAUGGAGCUUGUAAGGUUAGUAAUCCCCACAGAGGUUAGCGGACUGGAGAGGAAGCUGACACCUGAGGACAAGGCUGAGGAUGAUGAAGCUGGCAUGAGGAUCUGAGCUGUAUGUCCUAUAAACUAGACACAACACGACGACUGUAGGGAUCUUCAGAUUUCCUGUUUAAAUUCCUGGUGAUUGGGAACGCUGGAACAGGCAAAUCCUGCCUGCUGCACCAGUUCAUAGAGAAGAGAUUUAAGGAUGAAUCCAACCACACAAUUGGAGUGGAGUUUGGCUCUAAGAUCAUCAAUGUGGUCAACAAAAUGGUCAAACUGCAGAUUUGGGACACUGCAGGACAAGAAAGGUUCAGGUCUGUGACCAGGAGUUACUACAGAGGAGCUGCAGGAGCCCUACUGGUCUAUGAUAUCACCAGUCGAGAGACGUACAACGCUCUGACCACGUGGUUGAGCGAUGCCAGGAUGCUGGCCAGUCAGAACAUCGUCAUCAUUCUGUGUGGAAAUAAGAAGGACCUGGACGCUGACAGGGAGGUCACGUUCCUGGAGGCUUCGCGCUUCGCUCAGGAGAACGAGCUGAUGUUCCUGGAGACCAGCGCUCUGACGGGGGAGAACGUUGAAGAGGCCUUCGUCCAGUGCGCUCGGAAAAUCCUCAACAAGAUAGAGUCAGGGGAGCUGGAUCCAGAGAGGAUGGGUUCAGGCAUCCAGUAUGGCGACGCUGCGUUACGACAGCUUCGCUCUCCUCGUCGUGCGCAGCCUCAGGGCACCCAGGAGUGUGGCUGCUAGUGGACGCGCCCAGACAAGACAAGUUUGGGGGGGCACUUCAGGUUGCUCUGCUGGUGACUCUCUGACCUUCGACCUUCGCACGAAACCUUCAGAACCUUUUGAACCUUCGUUGUCACGGCUGCACCUGCAGAGAGCCCGAAAGACUUCCCGGUCACGCCUCCCCCAGCCCCCUCACAGAACUCUGAGCAUCUCCUCGGAAACCAGAGCCCGCCCACCCUCCAACAUUCUGCUCCACUAUUGGACCAAACCCUCCCCAGCCCUCCAAUCAGGAUGUGAAUUGCUGACAUGUAUGUACCUUCUCUUCCUCUCCUCUUUCUACUUGCCUGGCCCCGCACCCGCUUAGUUCAGUUCGUUUGUUUUCUCCCUCAUCACUGUCCCCAUCUACCUUCCAUCUGGACACUGAAAGGACGAGGCGGGGAAUUUGCUUCCUUGCCUUUUGUGUUUGAAUUGAACAGAAAAAAUAAAUGAGUUAAAACCUUCCCUCACUACAUUACUUCUUUUUCUCUAUCCGCCUGCCCUGAUUGCCUGUUGGCCUAUUUCACUCCUGUCUCACACACUUUCCCUCCCAGUAACGUACCCCCAGGCAACACAGCUGCCAAAUUACCUUCAUCAGCUUACCUUAGCUCCUUUCCUCCAUCCCUACCUUUCUUGCAUUGUUUACAUCUCAUCAUUCUCUCUGCUUACCCGUCUAGCGGCCUGUCUCUUGACUCAGCUCUCUGUCUUUCUCAGCCGCUCCCCUAUCCCCCCACAGCAUCUUACACACUGUACAGUGUUUGUGUAUAUAAAGGUUGACGCAUGUUUUCUCAAACAGAAUAUCAGAGUAUUUCAUUAUGAAAAGAUAUUAUAUUAAAGUAGAAAUCAUAUCCAGCAUCUGUUCAUGCUCCACUGUAUUAUUAUCAUGUUACCCUACAAUACACUGGCAACUUGUAAGCAGUAUAGAUGAGCAGUACUGUUUGCAGGAAUCCUUUUUUUUUUUUGUAAAUGGGACAAGCUGAUGUGGAGUACGUUACUGACUAACACAUUUGUGCGCAAAAAUCCUGUUUUAUCAUUGUUUAAGGUAAUAGAAAAAAAAGCCUGAAAUAUCCUGAACACACAUUUGGCUUCCUGUUACUUUAAAUCGUUUGGAGUGUGAAAGUUAAUCUGUCAUCUUUGAGGUUACAGUGACACAUUCAGCAUUUAGUUUAAAUGACUUAUCUGACAGCGUGACACACUUCUUCUUCCAAAGCAUCCCAGUUAUGACUUAUGUCUCAUUUAUAAAUGUUGCCGUUUACAUGAAUACCUCACUGACUGCUGCCAGCUGUGGGGUCACACUAACUGAAUGCAUUUGAAGUUUUAGCAGCAGAGUGAAACUAUCUGAUGUGUGUUUGGUUUUUAUGUUUCCAAAGAAACUUUGUGUCCCCUGUUUUGAGCUUUGAAACAUCUCGGCCACAUAAAGCUUUCCACAGAAAAUGCUUACAUUUUGGGAACUGUCUGAAGGUUUAGAAGUGUGUUUUGCAUUGCUGUAUUUAAGCAUUACAACAUGUGUAUGUUUUUUUUUUAUGUUUUUUACAUUGUUGCCCCUUCAAAGUGAGUCAUUAAACUUUUAAAUCAAGCACACUGUAGAAAUACACAUUAGAUUUGACUUGAUAGUAGCUUUGGCUGCUCCACAUCAGUUUGCUGUCUCAUGUUUAUGUCGUUGUGUCAAGUCCAUUGUUUUUAUUUAUGUACAUCAGCUUUUCUCUUGUCAUUAUGAAUAUCAUGGAUUUUAAUUUAUUGUGUAUGAUAAAAGCAUAUGUUUUUAAAAUAAAAAGUACUACGAAUAUAUAGCAUUGUCUUUGAAAAGCAUUUUUUUGUGUGUUUAAUCAGUGUUUUUGGAGAUGUUAUUGACGUUAGAGGUAAUUUGGUAGA